AUGAGAACCUGCUCCAGCUGCAAAGCCAUGCCCAUCCUGCUCCUGCUGCUCCUGACUGCCGGCGCCCGCUGCCAGCCCUCCUGCCUGCACUUCCCCCAGCUCCUGCCUGCAAAGCUCAGAGAGCUGAGAGUCAAGUUUGAGGAAAUCAAGGACUAUUUUCAAUCAAAAGAUGACGACCUCAGCAUCCAGCUGCUCAGCUCCGACCUGCUGGAUGAACUCAAGGGGAGCUUGGGCUGCCAGUCGGUGUCGGAGAUGAUGGGGUUCUACAUGGAGGAGGUGCUGCCCAGCGCCAUGAGGACCAGCACGCACCACCAGCAGAGCGUGGGCGACCUGGGCAACCUGCUGCUGAGCCUGAGGACGAUGAUGAGGCGCUGUCACAGAUUCUUCACGUGCGAGGAGAGGAGCAAAAGCAUGAAGCACAUAAAGGACACGUUCAACAAGAUGAACCAGAACGGGAUCUACAAGGCCAUGGGAGAGUUUGACAUUUUCAUCAACUACAUCGAAAAAUACUUGACAAUGAAGAGAAGGAACUGA